AAAAAAAAUGUUUUUACAGAUUGAUUAGGCAGGUAUGCCAGUUAACGUUAGCAGUCGCUUAAAAUUACAAUUACAAACCUUAAUAUUUAAAUAAAGAAAGACAAACCCCAUUUUAGAUUUGAAUGCGUCUGAAUGGAGGAUUCGCUGUCUGAGCCAUCAUGCGCCCCCUUGUAGGGAUUUUUGUGCACCAUAAUACAUUUAAAAGUAUUAGCGGUUGUCUCCCAUUAGAAAGAACAUACACCUCGAGUCAGUCUAGUCUGUCAAACUUCCUCUUCAUGUCGCGGAAUCAUGGAGGUGAAUGUUCUUUCAACUGAACUUGAGAGUGGCGUUCCGGGUGACGAGUUUAAAGAGAAGUUUAAGAAAAACCAUGACAUUACAUUCUUGAGGCGACAGAGAGAUAAAGCAUGGUCUCAGUACUUUGCCUCCUUGGAGACUUUAUUGCUCACAGAUAGAGGAGCCAGUCUGGAACUCUGUGAGCGGGACUCUCAGAAUCGGCUGAGUCUUCAAAUACGGGCAAGCCAAAAUGGAACGGUCAGAGUGUCUAUUGAUGAGCUUCAGCCUCUUAAACAACGCUACCACGUUUCAGACGUUUUGGUUGGAGGGAUGAGAUAUGAGCCGCUGAGAGUUCAUUGGAAGAGAGAGGACUGUGUAUGUCUAACUUGGGGUCUGGGAGAGUACCAGUUGCUGGUUUCCUUUUCACCUUUCAAACUAGAGAUUUCCUGUGAUGGGGAGGAGAUUGUCACACUUAACCCAGAGAACAAACUCUACUUUGAGACUCUGCAAGAUCCAACUAAGUCAUCUUCAAAUUCAUUUCAGGGAGAUGAAAAUCAAUGCGGGCUGUGGAAGGAAACUUUCAGACAGUUUGAGGACAUCAAGGCAAACGGUCCUAGUUCGGUGGGUAUGGACUUAAGUCUCCAUGGGUUCAACCAUACGUAUGGUCUUCCUGAACAUGCUGAUUCCCUGGUGUUGAAGGACACAAGUGUCUCUGAGGCGUAUCGGCUGUACAACUUGGAUGUGUUUGGCUAUGACAUCAAUAGCAGGUUGGGUCUUUACGGUUCUGUCCCUGUCCUGAUAGCUCACAAGCCAGAGAGGACAGCUGGAGUGUUCUGGCUGAACGCAUCUGAGACUCUGGUUGAUGUCAAGUACAAUUCAAAGCCAAAUGAGAAUGAGGAUGAACCACCAGGGAAGAAAAGCAAGAUCGCACCCCAGACUGAUGUUAGAUGGAUAUCAGAGAGCGGCACAAUCGACUGUUUCAUUUUGCCGGGACCCACAGCUGCCCAAGUGUUCUCUCAGUACGCUCAACUCACAGGCUAUCAGGCUCUUCCUCCACUCUUCUCUUUGGGCUAUCACCAAUGCCGCUGGAACUACGAGGACGAGGCGGAUGUGAAAGCUGUGGAUGCUGGAUUUGACUCCCACAGUAUUCCGUAUGAUGUCAUAUGGUUGGAUAUAGAGCACACAAACGGGAAGCGCUACUUCACCUGGGACUCUAAGCUUUUUCCAAACCCAGCAGAACUACAGCGUCACCUCCAGAAGAAGAACAGGAAGUUGGUUGUUAUUAGUGACCCACACAUCAAGAUUGAUCCUGAUUGGUCGUUUUACUGUGAAGCUAAAGCCGGAGGCCACUUUGUGAAGAAUAGAGAAGGCACUGUUUAUGAAGGAACAUGUUGGCCAGGUGAAUCCAGUUAUUUGGACUUCAGUAGCUCAAAGACAAGAUCAUUUUAUGCCAGACAGUUCUCUCUAAGCAAAUAUGAAGGCUCGACAGAGUCUUUGUUCGUGUGGAACGACAUGAAUGAACCUUCUGUCUUUAACGGGCCAGAGCAGACAAUGCCAAAAGAUGCAGUGCAUUUCGGAGGAUGGGAACAUAGGGAACUACACAACUUGUAUGGCUUCUAUCAGCAUAUGGCUACAUUUGAGGGCUUAUUAACCCGCUCAGGUGGCACAGAAAGGCCGUUUAUCCUUUCACGUUCCUUCUUUGCUGGCUCUCAAAGAUUAGGUGCCAUAUGGACUGGGGACAAUGUUGCUACAUGGGAGUACUUGAAGAUUUCAAUACCCAUGCUGCUGUCACUGAGUUUGACAGGAAUACAGUUUUGUGGAGCCGAUGUAGGGGGAUUUGUGCAGGAUCCAGACCCUGAGCUCCUGGUCCGCUGGUAUCAAGCAGGGGCUCUUCAGCCAUUUUUCAGAGGACACUCGGCUAAAGUGACCAAGCGUCGUGAGCCCUGGCUGUUUGGGGUGGAAGUCACCUCUGCAAUCCGCUCUGCUGUUCAGGACCGAUACUGUCUCCUGCCGUACUGGUACACUCUGUUCCACCAAGCACACACGUCAGCCCUGCCUCCCAUCAGACCUCUUUGGGUAGAGUUUCCCAGCGAUUCAAGCACGUUUGCUGUGGAGAACCAGUACAUAAUUGGCAGUGCUCUCCUUGUGUGCCCUGUGACAGAUCCUGGGGUCACAGAGGUUAAGGUUUUGCUCCCAGGGUCUGAUGAGCUGUGGUACGACACAAACACGGCAGAAGUACACAAGGGUGCCAGAACUCUGGAUCUGCCAGUGACUCUGAACACCGUGCCUGUGUUCCAGCGUGGCGGGACAGUGGUUCCCAGGAGAGCCGGUUGUGGGUCCUGUACAGCAGACUUACAGCAGCAUCCAAUCACUCUCACUGUGGCACUGGACACUAAGGGCAAUGCUGAUGGAUUUAUUUAUCUGGAUGACGGCCACUCUUUUAGUUACAGAGACCAGAUGCAGUUCUGCCUGCGCCGGUUUAGCAUGCGAGUUGACAGGCUUGUUAGCAGUGCUGAUGAUAAAGGCUCAUUCGUCUCUGAUGACAAAGUGGAAUCAGUGGUCAUUCUUGGUCUGAAAAGUUUGAAAAGAAAACCUAAGCUCAAGUCAGGUGCGGCGAAGACACCAGUUGUGUUUGAGUUCGACGUUAAACGAGGUGUAUUAACUUUAACUGGCUUGGGCCUAGAAAUACACAAAGACUGGGAAAUAAUAAUAUAGUGGAUGGUAUAUUUCAAAUGUCCCGGAUUGCAUUAUUUUUAUUUUUGCAAUUUUAAUUUUGGUAUUUUUCAGAUGCUGUUUCAUGUCUUAAAAAGUGUCAGCAGCUUAUAAUUGCAAUAAAACAUUAUAAUUUGGUUAAUUAAAUCAGCAAUUUAAUAAUGCAGUUUAAUAUUAAAGAUUCCCUCCAUAAUGAUUGUCUACCUCAAGAAAUGAGUUUGUUUUAAUGUGAUUAAUAGCUGUUUUCCUUCGCCACACUUACAUAAUACUGUAGAUUUGACAUGAUGGAGGUGAAAUUUGUAAAUAAAGAAUUCUGAAAGAGCAAAGUAAUUG